AUGGCGUCCGCCGCGCCGUGCUCCGUCCCGACCGUCUGCGCGAGGCGAACGGCGCCGAAUCACCGCCACCGCGCCUCCUCCUCCUCCGCGCGGCCUCCGCGCCCCUCGGGAUUCGCGCGCCUCGGGAGACGCGACGACGCGGGCGAAUGCGUCGUCGUCAGAUUCACGAGAGUCUCGGUGGCGGCGGCGGAGACGUCCGAGGAGACCGCGAAGAACGACGCCGCCGCGGACGACGCCGACGCCGCCGCCUCCGACGACCCCUUACACGCGCUCGUCGGCGAGUCCUUGGUCGCCGCGGCGACGGACCUCAAGACGACGGAGCUCAAGGCGCGCCUCGCCGCGAUGGGCGUCUCCGCGACCGGGCUUAAACCUACGCUCGUCGACCGCCUCGUCGCGUGCGUCGAGAUGCGCGCGCGCGGGGAAGACCCGGCCGUCAUCAUGCGCGCGAGGGCGCUCAAGAAGAAGAGCGCCAUCGAGGACGAGAAGGCGGCCGCGAUCGCGCGCCGCGACGCGCGCCGCGCGAAGCGCACCGGCAGCGCGGAGGGCGCGUACGCGCUCUCCAAGCAGACCGCGAGGGCGAUCCGCGCGCGGAAGCAGACGGGAGCCAAGGGCAAGACGAAGCCGAGGGCGCCGCGAGCGGAGGAGUUCGACGUCGAACUUCCGCCGGACCCGGACGCGUCGAGCGAACUCGUCGGGAGCAGCUCGUUCGCGGGGGGGCGCGAGGGCGGCGGCGGCGGCGUCGGAGGGAGGAACAAGAUGAACAAGAUCUUGCGCGACCUCGCGACGCAAGAGGAGCUCGUCGCGGAUAUAGCCGCGGAUGGCGGAAUCGACGGCGACGGCGAAAAUCAUCAAUCCGAUCGCGAUCGGGACUCGCGAGACCGACAGACCGGAUGGUUCACCGUCGCGGUCCCGGAGAACCGCGAGGACCGCGCGGCGGCGCAGAUCCUGAGCCUCAGCGACACCCCCGCGAGCGAUAACACAGAGGUGAAGUGCGCGGUGCGCGUCGUGUCCGACGGCGAAGCCGCGGACAUCCGCGCGGCCGCGGCGAAGGCGAAGGCGGACGCGGAGGAGGCCGCGAAGAAGAAUUUGGCCAACGCGACGAGCGACGACGACGCGGGCGCGCGCGAGAUGACCGCGGAGGAGAUCGCGGAGAAGAAAGCCGCCGCCGCCGCGGCGAUGGCGGCGGACGCGCCGGAGGCUGAGCCGAGCGAGUCACGGCGCGAGGCGAUGGGUGUGAGCGAUCGACCGGAGGGCGCGGCGUCGAUUGAGGUUCAGGAGGGUCCGUUCAAGGGGUUCAAAGGGUACAUCACCGGGAACAACACGAACGGCAGCGUCGAGGCGAGGUUGUUGAUUUUCGGACGCGAGACGUCGGUGACGCUGGCCGCGGACGAAUACGACGUCGUCUGA